UCUUCCUUCUGCUUCUCAACACCAACUAAAGUUAGCCCACCUAACUCCUCCUUCCCGUCUCCAUCUCCAAAAAUGGCCGACGAAAUCCCCAUAACACCAUCAUCUGACCUAGCGCCGCCGACACCGCCUCCUGCCGCUUCUGAGCCUGAAGCACCGGCUUUGACGGAACCAGAGUCUAAAGAAGACGCACCCCCACCACCACCGUCGCUGCCAGAAGUGACAGAGUCUGAGAAAGAAGAGGCACUUGCACUACCACCAGUUGCGGCGGUGGGGUCUGUGCCGGUGAAAGAAGAGGCGGAGAAAAAGCAGAUUCCUCGAUCUUUGAUUUCGUUCAAGGAGGAGAGUAACGUAGUGGCCGAUCUCUCAGAUUCAGAGAGAAAAGCUCUUCAAGAACUGAAGCAGCUCGUCCAGGAAGCUCUCAACACUCACCAGUUCACAUCCCCGAAAGCCGAAGCACCAGCACAAGCACCGCCACCACCAGGAGCACCGGUUUCCAAAUCGGAAUCAGAAUCAAAACCAACCCAUGAACCCAAAAUCGAAGAGCAGCCAGUGAAGGAAGCAGAGGAAGUAGCUAAAGAAACAACAAUCGGUGGUGCCGCCGCCGCCGCGGCGGAGGAGGAAGUGUCCAUUUGGGGAGUCCCUCUUCUCAAGGACGAUAAGAGCGAUGUGAUUCUUCUCAAGUUCCUGAGGGCGAGGGACUUCAAGGUGAAGGAUGCCUUUGUGAUGCUUCGCAACACUAUUCAAUGGCGGAAGGAAUUCGGGAUCGACGCUCUUGUGCAGGAGGAUCUCGGUGAUGAUUUGGAGAAGGUGGUGUUUGUUCAUGGGUACGAUAGGGAUGGUCACCCUGUGUGUUACAAUGUGUUCGGAGAGUUUCAGAACAAAGAACUGUACCAGAAAACAUUCUCGGACGAGGAAAAGCGGACCAAGUUUCUCCGGUGGCGGGUUCAGUUCUUGGAGAAGGGUAUUCGGAAGCUUGAUUUCACUCCCGGUGGUGUUUGUAGUAUUUUUCAGGUCAAUGAUCUCAAGAAUUCUCCUGGUCCGGCUAAGAAGGAACUUCGAGUGGCCACCAAACAGGCUCUUCACUUGCUCCAGGACAAUUAUCCCGAAUUCGUAGCCAAACAGGUGUUUAUCAAUGCGCCGUGGUGGUAUCUUGCAUUCUACACCAUGAUCAGUCCGUUCUUGACGCAGAGAACGAAAAGCAAGUUUGUUGUUGCUAGCCCAGCCAAAACCGCAGAAACCCUUUUCAAGUACAUCUCUCCUGAGCAUGUUCCGAUCCAGUAUGGUGGCUUGAGUGUCGAUUACUGUGACUGCAACCCUGAAUUUACCAUUGAGGAUCCAGUGGCCGAUGUUACAGUUAAACCUGCAACGAAACAAACUGUGGAAAUUAUAAUAUAUGAGAAGUGCACCAUUGUGUGGGAGCUCCGUGUGGUCGGAUGGGAGGUGAGCUACGGGGCUGAGUUUGUGCCCGAUGCCGAAAAUGGAUACACAAUCAUCAUACAGAAAGCCACAAAGAUGAGCCCGACCGAUGAGCCAGUGGUGAGUAACAGCUUCAAAGUUACGGAACUGGGUAAAAUAUUGCUCAAGAUUGACAACCCAACCCCGAAAAAGAAGAGGCUUCUGUACAGGUUCAAGAUCGAACCCCUCGAUUACUAAGGAUUUGAAUGAGGCUGCAGCACUUCAAACACCUGUUGUGCAAUGUGCACUUUGGUCGGUUGGCAUCAUACUUGUUUAUCAUCAUCUUUUUUGUGUUGUAUUCUGUAAAUUGGGUUUUCUAGUUAUAUCAGAAAAAUACAGUGGUAACUUUUGAAUUUUCAAAACUAUAGUUUCUAUUUUCCUUGUAAUUCUGCGUGGCUUCUGUAUUAUAGUUUAUGCUUUUCUGGUUA